AUGAAGGCUCCAUCUGGGAAAGGCAUAAGGCUGGCAUACCUUCUCUUGAACCUGGCUGCCUUCUGCCUUCCAGCUCCCCUCUGGAAGGACCGGGAGGCUCUGAUGCAGGAGGAGAAAAGCCACCAGACAGGUGGCAACGUGGUGCUGAGUAGAGAGGAGCAGCAGCUCAGUACAAAGCUUGUAAACCUCAAGAAGGAGGAGGUGGCAAGGGCCAUAAGUAGAGGAGAGUUCCCUCCAAGCAUGCACUUCUUUCGGGCAAGAGGCCUCAUCGAGCAGAGCCCCGUGUUCAGCAUCUUGAAGCGCAUGCCCAAAGGUGCUGUCCUACACCUGCACGACUAUGCCAUGCUGAGCGUGGGCUGGCUGGUGUCCAAUGCCACCUACCUCCCCAACUGCUACAUCUGCUUCACCCCCACGGGCACCGUUCGCUUUCGUUUCUCCAAGCCUCAGCCUCCUGCCCCAGUGCCAGCCCAGUGCUCCCAGUGGGUUUUGCUAGAGGCUUACCGGCAGCAGCUGCAGAACGUGACUGAUUUUGAUAGCAGCUUGCUGAGAAACCUGACGCUGGUGACGGAUUUCCCUGAGCUCGCCUACCCAUCUCAGGCUUUCAUUUGGAAAAGAUUUGAAGAAAUCUUUCUUACUGCCUCUGGACUUAUCUGCUAUGCACCUGUGUUCAAGGCCUAUUUCUACCAGGGCUUGCUGGAGUUCUAUGCAGAUAAUGUGCAGUAUGUUGAGAUAAGAGCUCUCCUGCCUCCGGUGUAUGAACUGGAUGGCACCCAGCACAAUAAAUCAUGGUCCAUGGCAGCCUACCAGGAAGUGACCAGGCAGUUCAUGAAGGAGCACCCUGACUUUCUUGGAGCCAAGAUUAUAUUUGCAGCACACAGGAUGCUGAAUGCUUCACAGAUUAAAGAAGCUAUCAUCACUGCCAUGGCACUCAGAGCCCACUUCCCAGACACCCUGGCAGGCUUUGAUCUGGUUGGUCAUGAGGAUGAAGGUCAUUCUUUAUGGGACCUGAAGGAUGCCCUGACCAUCCCCUAUUCCCUGGGAGGCAGCUUGCCAUACUUUUUCCAUGCUGGGGAGACUGAUUGGCAGGGCACCUCUGUAGACAAUAAUGUGCUGGAUGCACUGCUGCUGAAUACCAGCCGGAUCGGCCAUGGACUUGCCCUCACUAAACACCCAGUAGCCAAAAGUUUGUCUCUGAAGAUGGAUAUUCCUGUAGAAGUCUGUCCCAUCUCCAACCAGGUCCUGCUGUUGGUAUCUGACUUGCGGCGUCACCCCGCAGCUGUCCUGAUGGCUGAAGGACACCCCAUUGUGAUCAGCCCUGAUGACCCCCCGAUCUUUGGUGCAAAGGGAGUGUCCUAUGACUUCUAUGAGGUGUUCAUGGCCAUUGGAGGGAUGAAUGCUGACCUGAGGACCUUAAAACAACUGGCACUGAACUCCAUAAAAUACAGUGCCAUGCUACCAGAUGAGAAAGCCAAAGCCCGAGAUGUUUGGCAGAAAAAAUGGGACCAAUUUGUUGCUGACCUCUGA